AGGAAAACAUAUUACAUGAGAGAUGAGGUGAAAGAGGUUCUUAGCUUUGAAAUCCAACUCUUCUCUGAGCCCCCUCCGCUACCAGCUAAAUUCUCUGCGCAUGGCUUGCUGCAUUGCCAUAGAAACCAUGCCUUUAAUCACAACAGAACCUCAUUUCCUCCUCCUGACAAAGGCUCCAGAUGGCCUUGGGAGACCGCAUGCACCAGUCAGUCCCAGGCCCACCUCCUACUCCCUAAAGUCCUGCUCACCAUCAGACCACCACGGCUCUCCCCAAUGUACAGUCCUAAAGUCCUGCUCACCAUCAGACCACCACGGCUCUCCCCAAUCUACAGUCCUAAAGUCCUGCUCACCAUCAGACCACCACGGCUCUCCCCAAUCUACAGUCCUAAAGUCCUGCUCACCAUCAGACCACCACGGCUCUCCCCAAUCUACAGUCCUAAAGUCCUGCUCACCAUCAGACCACCACGGCUCUCACCAAUCUACAGUCCUAAAGUCCUGCUCACCAUCAGACCACCACGGCUCUCCCCAAUGUACAGUCCUAAAGUCCUGCUCACCAUCAGACCACCACGGCUCUCCCCAAUGUACAGUCAUAAAGUCCUGCUCACCAUCAGACCACCACUGCUCUCCCCAAUCUACAGUCCUAAAGCCCUGCUCACCAUCAGACCACCACGGCUCUCCCCAAUGUACAGUCCUAAAGUCCUGCUCACCAUCAGACCACCACGGCUCUCCCCAAUCUACAGUCCUAAAGCCCUGCUCACCAUCAGACCACCACGGCUCUCCCCAAUCUACAGUCCUAAAGUCCUGCUCACCAUCAGACCACCACGGCUCUCCCCAAUGUACAGUCCUAAAGCCCUGCUCACCAUCAGACCACCACGGCUCUCCCCAAUCUACAGUCCUAAAGUCCUGCUCACCAUCAGACCACCACGGCUCUCCCCAAUGUACAGUCCUAAAGUCCUGCUCACCAUCAGAACACCACGGCUCUCCCCAAUCUACAGUCCUAUAGUCCUGCUCACCAUCAGACCACCACGGCUCUCCCCAAUGUACAGUCCUAAAGUCCUGCUCACCAUCAGAACACCACGGCUCUCCCCAAUCUACAGUCCUAAAGCCCUGCUCACCAUCAGACCACCACGGCUCUCCCCAAUCUACAGUCCUAAAGUCCUGCUCACCAUCAGACCACCACGGCUCUCCCCAAUGUACAGUCCCUCUUCACAUUUCACUGUCUCCCUUUCCUCUUUUUCCAUCUCAUUCCCUUCACUCCUUUACCUUCCGCCCGCUGUCUGUUUUCGCAGUGCCCUCUGGUUUAAGCGCCUCUUCUUGUCCUUCAUUUAUUAGCAGUUAUUUUGUUU